UCCCUGCAUGAAAAAAAGGAAAAAAAUAAAGUCACCAAAUUUUUGUUUACGUGAAAAAAUUUUGUGAAUCCGCGAAAAAGCAGUGAAAAUAGUGCAAAAAGGGUUCAAAUCAUUGCCACCACUUUGAAACACGUCCACAAUGGCUGGGGGAACAGCGCGCAUUCCAAUUUCUAUGCUUCUGCAGGAUAAAACCUCCGGUAAUGCUGAAGACGAUGAAGAACCGAAGAAAAAGUCCCGAGAAGACUGGCGCAAAGCAAAAGAGCUGGAGGAAGCCCGAAAGGCGGGUACGGCUCCAGCUGCCGUGGAUGAGGAAGGUAAAGACAUUAACCCACACAUCCCCCAAUAUAUCAGCUCGGCUCCCUGGUACUACAAUACGGCGGGUCCAACCUUGAAACAUCAGCGACCACAGGACGACCGGAAAACAGAUUUUUCCGGCAUUGACGAGUGGUAUAAACGGGGAGUCGAUACCAGUAAAACCGUAACCAAGUACCGAAAGGGAGCUUGCGAAAAUUGUGGCGCUCUGACGCAUAAGAAAAAAGAUUGUAUGGAAAGGCCCAGGAAGAUUGGAGCCAAGUUUAAUGGCGCAAAAAUAGCUCACGAUGAAUUCGUUCAACCGAAAAUCACAUCCGAUUACGAUGGAAAGAGAGAUCGGUGGGCUGGUUAUGAUCCCGGCAAUCAUCGGGAAAUUGUGGAAGAAUAUCAAAAAAUAGAGAACGCUAAACGGGAACUGCGAGCUCAGAAAUUGAAGGAAAAUCCCGAUGCGGAUGACGAAGAGGAAGACGAGGAGGAUGAGGACAAGUACGUUGAUGAGGUCGACAUGCCGGGAACGAAGGUUGAUUCCAAACAGCGAAUUACGGUGAGAAAUUUGCGAAUCCGCGAAGACACGGCCAAGUAUUUGCGCAAUUUGGAUCCCAAUUCGGCUUACUACGAUCCGAAAACUCGUUCCAUGCGUGACAAUCCAAAUCCUCAACUCAAACCGGAAGAAACGGAUUUCGCGGGGGAAAACUUUGUUCGAUUUUCUGGGGAUAUCCAGAAGCACGCCCAGGCUCAGUUGUUCGCUUGGGAAGCACACGGCAAGGGUGUUGAUGUGCAUGUUCUGGCCGAACCGACCAAACUUGAAUUACUCCAGAAUGAGUACGAGAAAAAGAAAGAUCAAUUCAAGGAUACGGUCAAGAACAAAGUGCUGGAGAAGUACGGCGGGGAAGAGCAUUUGGAAGCACCACCUAGGGCGUUAUUGUUAGCUCAGACCGAGCACUACGUUGAGUACAAUCGGUCAGGUAAAGUGGUCAAGGGCGAAGACAAACCAAUUAUCCGUUCCCAGUACGAGGAGGAUGUUUUUCUCAACAAUCAUACGUCGGUUUGGGGAUCUUUCUGGCGGGAUGGCGUUUGGGGUUUCAAGUGCUGUGAAUCGACCAUUAAAAAUUCUUAUUGCGUUGGGGAUAAGGGCAAAUCAUCGGGCUCAAUUAGACCGGCUGAUUCAGAGCCAGUUCCUGGUCCUUCGCGAAUCUUCGGAGAACAGCAAAAGGAGUCACCGGUUUUGGACGCUCGAAAAGCGAAAGAAGAAGAUUCCGGCAGCUCCAACAGCAGCAGUAGUAGUAGCAGCAGCAGUAGCAGUGAUUCUUCUGAUUCAGAAUCUGAGAAGCAAGGUAAGAAGAAAUCUAAAAAGUCCAAAAAGAAGCGCAAGAAGGAAAAACGACGGCAGAUGAAGCUGAAGAAAAAGGCCGAGAAACAGGCGGCCAAGGAUAAGAUGCAACUUGCAAUGAUGGUUGAAGAUUUACGCCAGCAGGAAGCGGGGGAGGAUUCCGUGCGUACGGAUGAUAGAAAACGCAAGUUCAACAGCAUGGUUGAUGUGAAAGCUCCCACUGAGGAGGACAUGGAGCGGUACCACAAGAAACGGCAACGCGAAGAAGAUCCUAUGUUACAAUUUGUCAAUGAUUAGAAGAUACAUUUUAAAAUAGCACUUGGUAUAAAGUUUCGAUAUAUGUUGUGGUUCCCUUAAAA